AUGAUCGAGAUCGUCCGCGGAUGGCCGAGUUUGAGCUUGUCGGGGCACGAGGGCGAACAGAAGAGGGCGCCGGCAGAAAGGUCGACAGCAGCCAUGAAGCUGUCCGAGGACACUGAGUGCCCGGUGGGCGAGAGCAUCGUGUGCGGUCCCUCUGGUGCUGAGACGCCGGCGCCCUCGAAGGUCUCUCGGUUCGGAGCUCUGGCCGGGAAGAAACUGCAGCUCGAGCUGCGCAGGGUCGAGUCGAGAGAAUGGCACCGCAUACGGACCCGUCUAUCCGGCUAA